AUGGCCGACGCUUCCACUUACGCAGCCGUCGCUGCUGUCGUCAAAUCCCUGGCGGCUGAGCCCAAUGCCGCCGCGCGAAGCCAGCACAUCAAGCUUCCAGGCACCGAGACCGCCGAGAAACAGGCAUUGGAGCGCGAGCUCGCCGCUCUGUUCGUAAGAGUGCAGCACCUAGAGACGCGGGCGAAUGCUGCCAAUGGCGCCAACUUCCCAGAUACGCCCAAUGAGACGGCCGAUUCCCUCUUUGGCGACGACACUGCUUCUUCUCCCUCCAGUACUGGACGGGCUUCUACCAAAUCCAGGGCUUCCGUGAUCCCCAUCAAGAACGGCCUCAUCGACGAGAGGGCCCUCAAGAUCCACCCGUUGACUGACGAGGCUCUCGAGGGACUUCGUGAGCAUGUCGACGACCAAUCCAAACUUCUGGAUAGCCAGCGCCAAGAGCUUGCUGGUGUUAACGCGCAGCUACUCGAGCAGAAACAAUUGCAAGAAAGAGCUCUCGCUAUAAUGGAGCAAGAGCGCGUUGCGACGCUGGAGCGCGAGUUGUGGAAGCACCAAAAGGCAAAUGAGGCCUUCCAAAAAGCCCUCCGAGAAAUCGGCGAAAUUAUCACGGCUGUCGCUCGCGGUGACCUUUCCAAGAAGGUGCGGAUGAACUCAGUAGAGAUGGACCCGGAGAUCACCACUUUCAAGCGCACCAUCAACACCAUGAUGGACCAGCUCCAGGUCUUCUCCAGUGAGGUGUCCCGCGUCGCUCGUGAAGUCGGUACCGAGGUCAACGUGAUGGCACAGAAUCUUACGGAUCAAGUGCGAGAGAUUGCUUCCGUCACAACCGCCGUCGCCCACGGCGAUCUUACCAAGAAGAUCGAGCGCCCUGCGAGGGGUGAGAUUCUCCAAUUACAGCAGACCAUCAAUACCAUGGUGGACCAGUUGCGCACAUUUGCUUCUGAAGUCACCCGUGUCGCCAGAGAUGUCGGCACCAAAGGUAUCCUCGGUGGACAAGCCGAUGUCGAGGGUGUCAAAGGAAUGUGGAACGAGCUCACAGUGAACGUCAACGCCAUGGCGAACAAUUUGACGACACAAGUGCGAGACAUCAUCACAGUCACUACAGCUGUCGCCAAAGGUGACCUGACGCAAAAAGUCCAAGCAGACUGCCGCGGCGAAAUCUUUGAGCUCAAGAACACGAUAAAUUCCAUGGUGGAUCAGCUGCAGCAGUUUGCCCGCGAAGUCACCAAGAUUGCCAGGGAGGUCGGAACCGAGGGUCGCCUUGGUGGCCAGGCCACUGUACACGAUGUUCAAGGCACCUGGCGAGAUCUCACCGAGAACGUCAACGGUAUGGCCAUGAACUUGACCACCCAAGUGCGUGAAAUCGCCGAGGUCACGACGGCUGUCGCCAGAGGUGACCUCACCAAGAAGAUCGGGGCCGAGGUCAGAGGCGAGAUUCUGGACUUGAAGAAUACUAUCAACACCAUGGUGGAUCGCCUUGGAACCUUCGCUUUCGAGGUCAGCAAGGUUGCUCGGGAGGUCGGCACUGACGGUACGCUUGGAGGCCAAGCGCAAGUCGACAACGUGGAGGGCAAGUGGAAGGACCUCACAGAAAACGUCAACACGAUGGCCGGCAAUCUCACAUCUCAAGUGCGCGGUAUAUCUAAUGUCACCCAAGCCAUCGCCAACGGUGACAUGAGUCGGAAAAUCGACGUUGAAGCCAAGGGCGAGAUACUCAUUCUCAAGGAGACCAUCAACAACAUGGUGGACCGUCUGUCUAUCUUCUGCAACGAAGUGCAAAGAGUCGCCAAGGACGUCGGUGUCGACGGCAUCAUGGGCGGCCAGGCAGAUGUCGCUGGACUGAAGGGGCGCUGGAAGGAGAUUACGACAGACGUCAACACCAUGGCGAACAAUCUCACUGCCCAAGUGCGCGCUUUCGGAGACAUCACCAAUGCCGCUACGGACGGUGACUUUACCAAACUCGUCGAGGUCGAGGCUUCUGGCGAGAUGGACGAGCUGAAAAAGAAGAUCAAUCUCAUGGUGUACAACCUCCGAGACAGUAUCCAAAGGAAUACCCAGGCGAGGGAGGCUGCCGAGCUGGCCAACAAGACAAAGUCUGAAUUCCUGGCCAACAUGUCUCACGAGAUUCGUACUCCUAUGAACGGUAUCAUCGGUAUGACGCAGUUGACGCUGGAUACCGACCUUACCCAGUACCAACGCGAGAUGCUCAACAUUGUCAACAACCUCGCCAACAGUCUGCUCACCAUCAUCGACGACAUUCUGGAUCUUUCCAAGAUUGAGGCUAGGAGAAUGGUUAUCGAAGAGAUCCCGUACACGCUGCGAGGAACCGUCUUCAAUGCCCUCAAGACGCUGGCGGUAAAGGCCAACGAGAAGUUCCUGGAUCUUACGUACCGCGUUGACAGCUCGGUUCCCGAUCAUGUCAUUGGUGAUUCCUUCAGGCUGCGCCAGAUUAUCCUCAACCUCGUCGGCAAUGCUAUCAAGUUCACUGAGCACGGAGUCGUCAGCCUUACCAUUCAGAAGGCCAACCAAAGGCAGUGCCGUAAGGACGAGUACGCCAUCGAGUUUGUCGUUUCCGACACGGGUAUAGGCAUUCCGGCCGACAAGCUCGACCUGAUUUUCGACACAUUCCAGCAGGCCGACGGCUCGAUGACGCGCAAGUUUGGCGGCACGGGUCUUGGUCUGUCCAUCUCGAAGCGCCUCGUCAACCUGAUGGGUGGUGACGUCUGGGUUAAGAGCGAGUACGGCAAAGGCAGCAGCUUCUUCUUCACCUGCAUUGUCCGGCUGGCAGAUGGAGAGAUCAGUCUGAUCUCGAAGCAGCUCACUCCCUAUAAGGGUCACCAAGUCCUGUUCAUCGACAAGGGCAAGACCGGCCACGGUGUUGAGAUUCAGUCGAUGCUGCGUGGCUUGGGACUGGUGCCCUUCGUUGUCGAUUCUGAGCACAACCCGACUCUGGCUCGGGAGCGCGCCAAGGGCUCGCCUCCUUACGAUGUGAUCAUUGUGGAUUCGAUCGACACCGCGCGGAGGCUCAGGUCGAUCGAUGACUUUAAGUAUCUCCCUAUCGUUCUGUUGGCACCCGUCGUACACGUCAACCUGAAGUCCUGUCUCGAUCUGGGCAUCACGUCUUACAUGACAACUCCCUGCAAGCUUAUCGAUCUUGGCAACGGCAUGGUCCCUGCUCUGGAGAACCGGGCUACCCCCUCAUUAGCCGAUAACACCAAGUCAUUCGACAUCCUCCUUGCCGAAGACAACACGGUCAACCAACGACUAGCUGUCAAGAUUCUUGAGAAAUACCACCAUGUGGUGACGGUUGUCGGGAAUGGCCUAGAGGCCGUUGAGGCUAUCAAGAAGAGGAAGUUUGAUGUUAUUUUGAUGGACGUGCAGAUGCCCAUCAUGGGAGGCUUCGAGGCUACAGCCAAGAUCCGCGAAUACGAGCGAAGCUUGGGUACCCAGAGGACGCCAAUCAUCGCGCUCACGGCACACGCCAUGAUGGGUGACCGCGAGAGGUGUCUCCAGGGCCAGAUGGACGAGUAUCUGUCGAAGCCCCUGCAGCAGAACCACCUCAUCCAGACUAUCCUCAAAUGCGCUACUCUGGGCGGCACCCUACUUGAGAAGAAUCGCGAGCGCGAGCUGCAGAGACAGGUUGAACAAAAGGGCGGGCCUAAGUCGCCCGACGGACACGUCACGACUCUGCGUCCGCCUAUUGGCCGUGCUACUACCACCGCCGAGUCUUUGUCUGGUGGGAUGGAGAGUCCUGCCCUUGUCACGGCUGAUGAGGAGGACCCGAUCCAGAGGGCACGUAGCAGCCUUUCCGAACCCUCGCAAUAA